AUGGCUACAGAGUCUCCAUGGGUCCGGCCAGCCACGCCACCACCGUGCUUCGACCUUGUGAGGAGCUUUACUAAGGAAGAGUUUGACUGCCACAUCCUCGACGAAGGCCUUACUGCUAAGGACAUUCUGGACCAAAAAAUCAAUGAAAUCUCUUCUUCUGACGAUAAGGAUACUUUCUAUGUUGCGCACCUCAGAGACAUUUAGAAGAAGCAUCUGAGGUGGCUAAAAGCUCUUUCCGCAGUCAAGUGUAACGAUAGCAGAGCCAUAGUGAGCACCCUAGCUGCCACUGGGACAGGAUUUCACUGUGCAAGCAAGACUGAAAUACAGUUGGUACAGGGGUUUGGGGUGCCUCCAGAGAGAAUUAUUUGUGCAAAUCCUUGUAAACAAGUCUCUCAAAUCAAGUAUGCUGCCAGUAGCGGAGUCCAGAUGAUGACUUUUGACAGUGAAAUUGAAUUGAUGAAAAUCGCCAGAGCACAUCCCAAGGCAAAGGUGGUUCUGUGGAUUGCCACUGAUGAUUCCAAAGCAGUUUGUCGCCUCAGUGUUAAGUUUGGUGCAACAUUCAAAACCAGCAGGCUUCUCUUGGAAUGAGCAAAAGAGCUAAAUAUUGACGUCAUUGGUGUGAGCUUACAUAUGGGCAGUGGAUGUACUGACCCCGAGACCUUCGUGCAGGCAGGGUCAGAUGCCCGCUAUGUGUUUGACAUGGGAACAGAAGUUGGUUUCAGCAUGCAUCUGCUUGAUAUUGGUGGUGGCUUUCCUGGAUCCGAAGAUACAAAGCUUAAAUUUGAAGAGAUCACCAGUGUCAUCAGCCCAGCUCUGGACAAGUACUUCUCAUCAGACUCUGGAGUGAGAAUCAUAGCUGAGCCAGGCAGAUACUAUGUCACGUCAGCUUUCACGCUUGCAGUCAACAUCAUUGCCAAAAAAACCGUGUGGAAGGAGCAGCCUGGCUCUGACGAUGAAGAUGAGUCAAAUAAGCAAACCUUCAUGUAUUAUGUGAAUGAUGGAGUAUAUGGAUCAUUUAACUUCAUUCUUUAUGAUCAUGCCCAUGUGAAGGUGCUGCUGCAGAAGAGACGAAAACCAGAUGAGAAGUAUUACUCAUCUAGCAUCUGGGGACCAACCUGUGAUGGGCUUGAUCGGAUCAUUGAGCACUAUAACCUGCCUGAAAUGCUUGUGGGUGAUUGGAUGCUGUUUGAGAACAUGGGUGCAUACACCGUUGGUGCUGCUUCUACUUUCAAUGGGUUCCAGAGGCCAAACAUCUACUAUGCAAUGUCACGGCCAAUGUGGCAACUCAUGAAACAGAUCCAGAGCCAUGGCUUCCCACCAGAGGUGGAGGAGCAGGAUGAUAGCAUGCUGCCCAUGUCUUGUGCCCAGGAGAUCGGGAUGGACUGUCACUCUGCAGCCUGUGCUUCUGCUUGGAUCAAUGUACAUGAUACUAAUGUGUGCCCCUCAGCUGCUGAGCAAGCGUUUAUAGCUUGUACAUUGGCAGAAUGGGCCAGAAGCUUAUGUUGUGAUCCAUUGUGA